GCUUGUGAACGUGGGAACGUUUGUGGGUUGCUGCGGGUCUGGAGUAAUACUUGUUUGACAGGAAGGUGAAGCGACCUCAGCACAGGGAUAGAAAACAGAAGUUAGUUCUAGUGUGUCUGUGGCAGUUAGCGAGGCAACGGGGAGGCAGACUCGAGAGCUAUAAAUGAUUUGUACGAGUCUAAGCAACAGGGCACAGCGCGAAAUGUCAGGGACUGUUCCAGCCUUGAGCAAAGGGAAGCGCGACUAGUACACCGCAACGCGGAAAAUAUUCAGGGGGAGAGAAUGCGAAUGGUGCGAAGAUGCCGAAAUCAAACAAAAUGGAAACGAUGUAGCGUCGCUGCGGCAUUUCAUAUAGCUAGAACUAACGUUAGAGUAGAGAAUAGAUAGCUAAGGAGCUAGCAGGUUAACUAACAUACAUGUAAAGUUAUUCCCCGGAGAAGCUGAAGCAGAGCCCGGAGGCGUCUGUUGAAUAAGAGGAGUUCAUCAGUGUUGCGAAAUCAAAGAAGAUACAAAAACAAGAAGAUGCUACGGAGAAGACUGAACCGUUUGCUUGGCGGCGAUGAAAGAAGAGUAGACAGUAGGACUAUCUAUGUUGGUCAUCGGUCAUCUUCAACCAGUGAGGCUUUCAUCCCACCCAAGUUCUGUGAUAACAGGAUUGUGUCCUCCAAGUAUACAGUUUGGAACUUUCUACCAAAGAACCUGUUUGAGCAGUUUAGAAGAAUUGCCAAUUUCUACUUCCUUAUCAUCUUCCUGGUGCAGGUAAUAGUGGACACCCCCACCAGCCCAGUCACCAGUGGCCUACCCUUAUUUUUUGUGAUUACAGUAACCGCUAUCAAGCAGGGCUAUGAGGACUGGCUACGGCACAAGGCUGACAAUGAGGUGAAUAAGUACCCAGUGACCGUGCUGGAACAAGGCCGGAAGAUACGGAAGGAGAGUGAGAAGAUCAAGGUUGGAGAUGUUGUUGAGGUGGAGGAAGAUGAGACCUUUCCCUGUGAUUUAAUACUGCUGCAGUCUAGCCGAGAUGACGACACAUGUUUCGUUACCACCGCAAGUCUGGAUGGAGAGUCCAACCAUAAGACACACUACACAGUGCCAGACACGGAGAAGGAUCUGGAAUCUCUCAACGCUACCAUUGAGUGUGAACAGCCACAGCCUGACCUUUACAAGUUUGUCGGCCGUAUGCACAUCUACAAAAAUGAACAGGAGACUGCAGUGAGGUCUUUGGGCCCAGAAAACCUCCUGCUGAAAGGGGCAACUUUAAAGAACACUCAGAAAAUCUGUGGUGUUGCAGUUUAUACUGGCAUGGAGACAAAGAUGGCUCUCAACUAUCAGGGCAAGUCUCAGAAACGCUCUGCUGUGGAGAAGUCUAUCAAUGCCUUCCUUCUGGUUUACCUUUGCAUAUUGGUGAGCAAGGCCCUAGUGUGCACUACUCUUAAGUAUGUGUGGCAAAGCAAGCCCGGGCAGGAUGAGCCUUGGUACAACGAGAAAACCCAGAGAGAGAAGGACACCAAUCUGUACCUAAAGAUGUUCACUGACUUCCUGUCCUUCAUGGUGCUCUUCAACUUCAUCAUUCCGGUGUCCAUGUAUGUGACGGUUGAGAUGCAGAAGUUUUUGGGAUCCUUUUUCAUCACAUGGGACAAGGACUUCUUUGACCCUGAAAUCAAGGAGGGGGCACUGGUCAACACUUCAGACCUCAAUGAGGAACUGGGACAGGUGGAGUAUGUCUUUACAGACAAGACGGGCACCCUCACUCAGAACAACAUGGAGUUCAUAGAGUGCUGCAUUGACGGCUUUCAGUACAAGUACCGGGACGCAAACUCAGAGUUGGACGGAUUCUGUGUCACAGAUGGACCUGUGAACAAAGUGCAGCAGAAAGCUGGCAGGGAGAGGGAAGAGCUGUUUCUGCGUGCCCUGUGUCUGUGCCACACAGUCCAGGUGAAGGAGUCUACUGAGCAGAGCCAAGGGGACGGACUGAUAGACCAGGUGGAUGGCUUCGGGGUGGAUGGAGAGGUGCCUCAUCCACCGCAGGAGCAGAGAGGCUUUAUUGCCUCCUCCCCUGAUGAGGUUGCUCUGGUCAAGGGUGCCAUGAGGUAUGGCUUCACAUUUCUGGGUCUCGAAAGUAAAACCAUGAAAAUUCUCACCAGGAACAAUGAUGUUGAAAUGUAUGAACUGCUUCACGUGUUGAACUUUGACCCAGUGAGAAGGCGAAUGAGUGUAAUCGUCAGAUCCAAAUCAGGUGAUACGUUGCUCUUCUGUAAGGGAGCGGACUCUUCCAUCUUUCCUCGAGUCAGACAGGAGGAGGUUGAACGGAUACGCAUGAAUGUGGAGCGUAAUGCAACAGAGGGCUACCGGACGCUAUGUGUGGCCUACAAAUAUCUCAGUGCAGAAGAGUACGCCCAGGCAGAUGCAGGAUUGAGGGAAGCUAGACUGGCUCUGCAGGACAGAGAGGAGAAGCUCAUUACUGUUUACAACCAAGUGGAGACUGGCAUGAGUCUAAUAGGAGCUACUGCUGUAGAAGAUCGGCUUCAAGAGGAGGCAGCAGAGACCAUGGAGGCUCUGCAGGGUGCAGGCAUUAAAGUUUGGGUCCUAACGGGGGACAAGAUGGAGACGGCAAAGUCCACCUGUUACGCUUGUAGGUUGUUCCAGAGAAAUACAGAGCUGUUGGAGCUGACGGUGCGUACUUUGGAGGAUGGAGGGAGGAAGCGGGAGGACCGACUGCAUGAGCUCUUGCUUGAAUACCACAAGAAAGCUGUACAGGAUGCACCACCGGUAAAGGCUGGCGUCACCAGGACCUGGUCUUCAGCAACCCAGGACUAUGGUUUCAUCAUAGAUGGAGCCACUCUAUCGAUGGUGCUCAACUCCUCCUCUGAAUCCAACUCGAGUCGCUACAAGAACCUGUUCCUGCAGAUAUGUCAAAACUGCGCAUCUGUGCUCUGCUGCCGCAUGGCUCCUCUACAAAAGGCACAGAUAGUUAAAAUGGUGAAGAAUUCUAAAGGCAGCCCUAUCACCCUUUCCAUUGGAGAUGGUGCCAAUGAUGUCAGCAUGAUUUUGGAAGCUCACGUUGGCAUUGGUAUUAAGGGUAAAGAGGGUCGGCAGGCAGUGAGGAACAGUGAUUAUGCCAUCCCCAAACUCAAGCACCUCAAGAAACUUUUGUUGGCUCACGGGCAUCUCUACUAUGUUCGCAUUGCACACCUGGUGCAAUAUUUCUUUUACAAGAACCUUUGCUUCAUCUUACCUCAGUUUUUGUACCAGUUCUUCUGUGGCUAUUCCCAGCAACCCCUGUAUGAUGCGGCCUAUCUGACGAUGUACAACAUCUGCUUCACCUCUAUGCCCAUCCUGGCUUACAGUCUCUUGGAGCAGCACAUCUGCAUGGAGGUUCUGCUGGACAAUUCUACCCUCUACAGAGAGAUUGCUAAGAACGCCAUGCUACGGUGGGGACCGUUCCUCUAUUGGACUCUACUUGGAGUCUUUCAUGGCUUGCUCUUCUUCUUUGGUGUUCGAUAUUUGUUCAGUAACCCAGCACUGCAGGAUAAUGGCCAGGUUUUUGGGAACUGGUCAUAUGGAACAAUUGUCUUCACUGUCCUCGUCUUCACUGUCACACUAAAGCUCGCUCUGGACACGCGGCACUGGACAUGGAUCAACCACUUUGUAAUCUGGGGCUCCCUGGCUUUCUACAUGUUUUUCAGCUUCUUCUGGGGAGGAAUAAUAUGGCCUUUCCUGAAGCAGCAACGUUUGUACUUUGUGUUUGCCAACAUGCUGAGUUCGGUGUCAGCCUGGCUGGUCAUCAUCUUGCUCAUCCUGCUCAGCCUACUGCCAGAGAUCCUGCUUGUGGUGUUCCGCAAGCCCCGUGGGCCCCACACUCGACAGAAGAAGCCGGUUCAGUCGAGCGUGGGGGGCAACCAGUCUCCCCGGUCUUCAGCCAGGCCCCUGCUUAUGAGAACCUUUUCAGAUGAGUCCAAUACUGUCAUUUAAACAGCUGUCAGAGGGUGGCCUCCUACAAACAUCCAGAUUGCAGCGGUCACACCACUAUCCUACAAGCACCUGAAGGAGCGCGAAUAAAAGGUGGCAAGGACUCCCAACAAUGGUGGCAUCAGCCACUUUCAGAGUCCUGUACCAGUCAGGUCAGAGCCGUCUGCCAUCAUGCCUGAUCUGAGAAGUGGAGGAGAAGAAAAGGAGGAAGAAAAAGAGAGAUGUGCUAACUGAGGGGGAAGGGAUGAAAAGGGGUUUAUCAGUCUUUGACUUGACGCAUC